CUCACUCACUCACUUCAGUGUCAGUACUUCAUUGGUUUGUAUACACUGUGGCUCCAUACCCUGACACUGUGGCUCCAUACCCUGACACUGUGGCUCCAUGCCUUGAGACUGUGGCUCCAUGCCUUGACACUGUGGCUCCACACCCUGACACUGUGGCUCCACACCCUGACACUGUGACUCCACACCCUGACACUGUGGCUCCAUGCCCUGACACUGUGGCUCCAUGCCCUGACACCAUGGCUCCAUGCCUUGAGACUGUGGCUCCAUACCCUGACACUGUGGCUCCACACCCUGACACUGUGACUCAAUACCCUGAUACUGGCUCCACACCUGCUGUGGCUCCAUACCCUGACACUGUGGCUCCAUAUGCUGACACUGUGGCUCCAUGUCCUGACACUUCGGCUCCACACCCUGACACUGUGGCUCCACACCCUGACACUGUGGCUCCAUACGCUGACACUGUGGCUCAAUGUCCUGACACUGUUGUUCCAUACCCUGACACUGUGGCUUCUGAACCUGACACUGUGGCUCCACAUCCUGAUACUGUGGCUUCAUGCCCUGACACUGUGUCUCCUCACCCUGACACUGGCUCCACACCCUGACACUGUGUCUCCUCACCCUGACACUGUAACUCCACAUCCUGACACUGUGGUUCAAUACCCUGACACUGUGGCUUCUGAACCUGACACUGUGGCUCCACAUCCUGAUACAGUGGCUUCAUACCCUGACACUGUGGCUCCACACCCUGACAGUGUGGCUCCACGCCCAGACACUGUGGUUACACGCCCUGACACUGUGGUUCAAUACCCUGACACUGUGGUUACACGCCCUGACACUGUGGUUCAAUACCCUGACACUGUGUCUUCUGAACCUAACACUGUGGCUCCACAUCCUGAUACUGUGGCUCCACAUCCUGAUACUGUGGCUUCAUGCCCUGACACUGUGGCUCCUCACCCUGACACUGUGGCUCUACAUCCUGAUACUGUGGCUCCACGCCCUGACACUGUGGCUCCACACCCUGACAGUGUGGCUCCACACCCUGACACUGUGGUUACACGCCCUGACACUGUGGUUCAAUACCCUGACACUGUGUCUUCUGAACCUAACACUGUGGCUCCACAUCCUGAUACUGUGGCUUCAUACCCUGACACUGUGCCUCCAUGCUCUUACACUGUGGCUCCACGCCCUGACAGUGUGGCUCCACACCCUGACACUGUGGCUUCUGAACCUGACACUGCGGCUCCACACCCUGACACUGUGGCUUCUGAACCUGACACUGCGGCUCCACACCCUGACACUGUGGCUCCACAUCCUGAUACUGUGGCUUCAUACCCUGACACAGUGGCUCCAUGCUCUUACACUGUGGCUCCACACCCUGACACUGUGGCUUCUGAACCUGACACUGCGGCUCCACACCCUGACACUGUGGCUCCACAUCCUGAUACUGUGGCUUCAUACCCUGACACAGUGGCUCCAUGCUCUUACACUGUGGCUCCACACCCUGACACUGUGGCUCCAUGCCCAGACACUGUGGCUCCACACCCUGACACUGUGGCUCCAUACCCUGACACUCUUGCUCCACACCCUGACACUGUGGCUCCAUGCUCUUACACUGUGGCUCCUCACCCUGACACUGUGGCUUCAUACCCUGACACUGUGCCUCCAUGCUCUUACACUGUGGCUCCACGCCCUGACAGUGUGGCUCCACACCCUGACACUGUGCCUCCACAUCCUGACACUGUGGCUUCUGAACCUGACACUGCGGCUCCACACCCUGACACUGUGGCUUCUGAACCUGACACUGCGGCUCCACACCCUGACACUGUGGCUCCACAUCCUGAUACUGUGGCUUCAUACCCUGACACAGUGGCUCCACGCCCUGACAGUGUGGCUCCACGACCUGACACUGUGGCUCCACGCCCUGACACUGUGGUUCAAUACCCUGACACUGUGGCUUCUGAACCUAACACUGUGGCUCCACAUCCUGAUACUGUGGCUUCAUACCCUGACACAGUGGCUCCAUGCUCUUACACUCUGGCUCCACGCCCUGACAGUGUGGCUCCACACCCUGACACUGUGGCUCCACGCCCUGACACUGUGGUUCAAUACCCUGACACUGUGGCUUCUGAACCUAACACUGUGGCUCCACAUCCUGAUACUGUGGCUUCAUGCCCUGACACUGUGGCUUCAUGCCCUGACACUGUGGCUCCACACCCUGACACUGUGGCUCCACAUUCUGAUAAUGUGGCUUCAUGCCCUGACACUGUGGCUCCAUACCCUGUCACUGUGGCUCCACAUCCUGAUACAGUGGCUUCAUACCCUGACACAGUGGCUCCAUGCUCUUACACUGUGGCUCCACACCCUGACACUAUGGCUCCACGCCCAGACACUGUGCCUCCACACCCUGACACUGUGGCUCCACACCCUGACACUGUUGCUCCAUGCUCUUACACUGUGGCUCCACGCCCUGACACUGUGGCUCCACGCCCUGACACUGUGGCUCCAUGCUCUUACACUGUGGCUCCACACCCUGACACUGUGGCUCCACGCCCUGACACUGUGGCUCCACGCCCUGACACUGUGUCUCCUCACCCUGACACUGUGGCUCCACGCCCUGACACUGUGGUUCAAUACCCUGACACUGUGGCUUCUGAACCUAACACUGUGGCUCCACAUCCUGAUACUGUGGCUUCAUACCCUGACACAAUGGCUCCAUGCUCUUACACUGUGGCUCCACACCCUGACACUGUGGCUCCACACCCUGACACUGUGGCUCCACACUCUGACACUGUGGCUCCACACCCUGACACUGUGGCUCCUCAUCCUGACACUGUGGCUUCUGAACCUGACACUGUGGCUCACAUCCUGAUACUGUGGCUUCAUACCCUGACACUGUGGCUCCACACCCUGACACUGUGGCUCCUCACCCUGACACUGUGGCUUCUGAACCUGACACUGUGGCUCACAUCCUGAUACUGUGGCUUCAUACCCUGACACUGUGGCUCCAUGCUCUUACACUGUGGCUCCACACCCUGACACUGUGGCUCCACACCCUGACACUGUGGCUCCACACUCUGACACUGUGGCUCCACACCCUGACACUGUGGCUCCAUGCUCGUACACUCUGGCUCCACGCCCUGACACUGUGGCUCCAUGCCCUGACACUGUGGCUCCAUGUCCUGACACUGUGGCUCCAUACCCUGACACUGUGGCUGCAUGUCCUGACACUGUGGCUCCAUACCCUGACACUGUGGCUCCACACCCUGACACUGUGGCUCCAUACCCUGACACUCUGGCUCCACACCCUGACACUGUGGCUCCAUACCCUGACACUCUGGCUCCACACCCUGACACUGUGGCUCCACACCCUGACACUGUGGCUCCACACCCUGACACAGUGGCUCCAUUCUCUUACACUGUGGCUCCACACCCUGACACUGUGGCUCCAUGCCUUGAGACUGUGGCUCCACACCCUGACACUGUGGCUCCACACCCUGACACAGUGGCUCCAUUCUCUUACACUGUGGCUCCACACCCUGACACUGUGGCUCCAUACCCUGACACUGUGGCUCCAUACCCUGACACUGUGGCUCCAUGCCCUGACACUGUGGCUCCAUACCCUGACACUGUGGCUCCACACCCUGACACAGUGGCUCCAUGCCCUGACACUGUGGCUCCAUACCCUGACACUGUGGCUCCACACCCUGACACUGUGGCUCCACACCCUGACACUGUGGCUCCACACCCUGACACUGUGGCUCCACGCCCUGACACUGUGGCUCCACGCCCUGACACUGUGGCUCCAUAUUGACAAUCCCAGACUUCUAUUCCAUGAAUAUCGUUUAAAAGCUGCCAUGUUCUUGUC